ACGAAAUCCACCAAAGGGACAGGGGAAGCAAGAGCCGGAGACCAUGGACGGCGCCGUAGGGCUUCGGGUGCUGCUGUGCCUGUGCCUGGUGUCCCUCCUCACUCUGCGGGCCGUGCCUGCUUUGGGCUUGGCCACAGGCAGACCCAGGGGCAACGAGAAGCGACAGGCCGUGGACACAACAGUUGAUGGUGUGUCCAUCAGGAGCUUGAAAGUCAAUUGUAAAGUCACCUCUCGCUUCGCCCACUACGUCAUCACCAGCCAAGUGGUCAACAAUGCUGACGAAGCCAGGGAGGUGGCUUUUGAUGUGGAAAUCCCCAAGACAGCCUUCAUCAGUGACUUCGCCAUCACAGCAGAUGGGAGCGCGUAUGUUGGGGACAUAAAGGACAAAGUGAGUGCAUGGAAGCAGUAUCGGAAAGCGGCCAUCUCAGGGGAGAAUGCUGGCCUUGUCAGAGCCUCAGGCAGAAAUAUGGAGCAGUUCACCAUCCACAUCAACAUUGGAGCCCGGAGCAAGGCCACAUUUCAGCUCACCUAUGAGGAGGUGUUAAAGCGGAGACUCAUGCAGUAUGACAUUGUCAUCAAAGUCAAGCCCAAGCAGCUGGUGCAUCAUUUUGAGAUCGAUGUGGACAUCUUUGAGCCCCAGGGGAUCAGCAAGCUGGAUGCUCAGGCCUCCUUCCUCAGCAAGGAACUGGCUGCUCAAACCAUCAAGAAGUCUUUCUCAGGGAAAAAGGGUCACGUGCUCUUCCGCCCCACUGUGAGGCAGCAACAGUCCUGCCCCACAUGCUCUACGUCCUUGCUGAACGGAGUCUUCAAGGUGACCUACGACGUCAAUCGAGACAAGCUCUGUGACCUCCUGGUGGCCAACAAUUACUUUACACAUUUCUUCGCCCCCAAAAACCUGACCAACAUGAGCAAGAACCUGGUUUUUGUGAUUGACAUCAGUGGCUCCAUGGAAGGCCAGAAAGUGAGGCAGACCAAGGAAGCGCUCCUGAAGAUCCUGGGGGACAUGAGGCCUGUGGACAACUUUGACUUGGUCCUCUUUGGGUCUCAAGUGCAAUCAUGGAAGGGCUCAUUAGUACCGGCGUCUAAGGCCAAUCUGCAAGCAGCUCAAGACUUUGUGCGACGAUUUUCACUCGCUGGAGCCACAAACCUGAAUGGAGGCUUGCUCCGAGGAAUUGAGAUCUUAAACAAAGCUCAAGGAAGCCACGCAGAACUCAGCAGCCCGGCCUCAAUUCUCAUCAUGUUGACAGACGGAGAGCCCACUGAGGGAGAGACAGACCGUUCCCAGAUCCUCAGGAAUGUGCGGAACGCUAUCCGGGGCCGCUUCCCACUCUACAACCUCGGCUUUGGCCACGACCUGGACUUCAACUUCCUGGAGGUCAUGUCCAUGGAGAACAACGGAUGGGCCCAGAGAAUUUAUGAGGACCAUGAUGCCACCCAACAGCUACAGGGUUUCUACAAUCAAGUAGCCAACCCCCUGCUGACAGACGUGGAGCUUCAGUACCCCCAGGAUGCGGUCUUGGCUCUAACUCAGCACCGACAUAAACAGUACUACGACGGCUCGGAGAUCGUGGUGGCUGGGCGCAUUGCUGACCACAAACUGAGCACCUUUAAGGCUGAUGUUCGGGCUCACGGGGAGAGGCAAGAAUUCAAGGCAACCUGCCUAGUGGAUGAGGAAGAGAUGGAGAAACUGCUCCGAGAGCGCGGCCACAUGCUAGAGAAUCAUGUGGAGCGGCUCUGGGCCUACCUCACAAUCCAGGAGCUGCUGGCUAAGCGGAUGAAGACGGGAGGGGAGGAGAGAGCCAACCUGUCAUCCCAGAUCCUGAAGCUGUCACUGGACUAUCAGUUCGUAACACCGCUGACCUCCAUGACCAUCAGAGGCCUGACAGACCAGGACGGGCUGGAGCCUAUCAUUGACAAGUCCCCAGAGGAUGCUCAGCCCUUAGGUGAGCUUUCCGGUUUCCAGCGGCUGGAAGAGAUGGUGGGACCCAGAAGAACAUUCGUGCUGUCAGCCACACAGCCUCCUCCUACAGCCCGCAGUCUAAUAGACUCAAAGUUACCAAACCGCGUGACAGGAGUGGACACCGAUCCCCACUUCAUCAUCUAUGUGCCUCAAAAAGAGGAUAGCCUGUGCUUCAACAUCAAUGAGGAGCCUGGUGUGAUCCUGAGCCUGGUGCAGGACCCCGACACAGGCUUCUCCGUGAAUGGGCAGCUCAUUGGAAGCAAGGCCGGCAGCCCUGGGCAGCACGAGAGCACAUUCUUCGGGAGACUGGGGAUCUCAAACCCUGCAUCAGACUUUCAGCUGGAAGUGACCCCUCAGAACAUCAUACUAAACCCCAGCUCUGGUGGGCCCGUGUUCUCCUGGAAGGACCAGGCCGUGCUGCAGAAGGAUGGGGUGAUGGUGACCAUCAACAAGAAGAGGAACCUGGUGGUGUCUGUGGAUGAAGGGGCUACCUUUGAGAUUGUCCUGCACAGAACGUGGAGGGGCAGUGCCGUCCACCAGGACUUUCUGGGUUUCUAUGUGCUGGAUAGCUUCCGGAUGUCAGCCCGAACGCAGGGCCUGCUGGGCCAGUUCUUCCACCCCCUGGACUUUGAAGUGUUUGACUUCCGCCCAGGCUCUGACCCUGCCAAGCCAGAUGCCACGAUGGUGGUGAAGAAUCGGCGACUGACAGUUACCAGGGGCUUGCAAAGAGACUACAGCAAGGACCCCAGACACGGGACACAAGUGUCUUGCUGGUUUGUCCACAACAAUGGAGCAGGACUGAUUGAUGGGGUUCACACUGACUACAUCGUCCCUGACAUCCUCUGAGCCUUCGAGCUAGCGCAUCAGUCCUCGCCUGGAGCCACAUCUGAAGAGGGAGAGGAGCUUCAGAUUAACUGUACCUUCCUGAGCAUACUGGUCCCUUAUGUCAAGACAUCCUGUGCUUCAUUAAAGAGAGGUUGUGUCCA